GAUGUUAUACAAUUAAGCCAAGAUAAAACAGGUGUGAAUCCAGUCUAAAACUCAAAAUUUUAAACCGAAAAAAAAUGUAUAGCUUCAUAAGAUUAAUCACUUAUCGAAAUUGGCUGAUGACAAAGGGUGCGAUGACACACCAGCGUCCUAUAGGGACUGGCCGAUACAGGACCGGAGGAAGCGAUGAAACACAGAAAAGAAAUAUAAGGGCCAGGUUGCAACACUUGGAGGAAAUGAUAAAUAUGCUGGUCCAAAAUAAAAUCGAAAAAAGCGUGCGAUCGAAGUGCAAGCACCAGGACACCUCCUUGCCGGACUGCAAGCCGUCCAGGCCCCGAGGGGGGAGGCUUCCGGUGAGGCCCGAGGGUGGCAGGAAGAGGAAAUGAGCCCGCGAUCUCCUCUUCAUCAUAGCGAUAACCCGAUUAGUAUUAGCUUAUUAUUAACAAAACAAAAAGAAAGUAUCAUCACUGAGGCUGUAUUCAAUCCCACUUUUGCUUGAAAAAGUUUCUUCCAUGAAUGCUUACACGAGGAAUCAAACAGAAUUUGAAAAUAAACAAAAGAGAUGAAUUUUUUCUAAUUUUAUUUUUGGGCAUUUUAUAAUUUAUUUGUCAAAAUGAGAGGUCUAGAUUAAAAUUGAUCCCUCAGAUUGUUUCCUAAAAGCAACUCAAAACAUUAAGAGGAAUUAGAGAGGAGUGCAACAUUUUUUUAUUUCUAUGGCCUUCAGCUCACAGCUGCGAGGUGUAUUAUAAGCUACCGGGCGGAGAGGUGACUUCUAU